UCAUCUUCUAUAUACACACACAGGGAGGGAGAGAGAGAGAGAGAGACUACACACUCACACGGAGACACAGAAAUAGAUAGACUUUUCAGAAUCUAGGGUUUUCGAUUUUUCCAGCGAUUUAGUUUUGUCGUUUCGGUCUGGGAGAAAGGGAUUGGGGAAAAGGAGAGAGAAAUGGAGGGGGCGAGCAAUGGGGGGAUGUUGUACCACGAGGUACAAGAGUCGAAGCUGUGCGCGGUGCAUUGCGUGAACACAGUGCUGCAGGGGCCGUUCUUCUCGGAGUUCGAUUUGGCGGCCGUGGCGUCCGAUCUCGAUAGCAAGGAGCGCCAGGUGAUGAUCCAAGGCGGCGCCUCCUCCGGCGACUUCCUCUCCGCCGAGUCCCACAAUGUCUCCUUGGACGGAGAUUUCAGCAUCCAGGUGUUACAAAAGGCUUUAGAGGUGUGGGAUUUGCAAGUGAUACCCCUUGAUUCUCCAGUUGCUGAGCAUGCCCAGGUUGACCCUGAGCUGGAAAAUGCAUUUAUCUGUCACUUGCAGGAUCAUUGGUUCUGCAUCAGGAAAGUGAAUGGAGAGUGGUAUAAUUUUGACAGUCUAUAUGCAGCCCCGCAGCACCUUUCCAAAUUUUACCUUUCAGCCUAUCUGGACUCUCUGAAAGGCUUCGGGUGGAGCAUUUUCCUGGUGAGGGGAAACUUCCCGAAAGAAUGUCCCAUGUCGUCCUCCGAAGCUUCCAAUGGUUAUGGGCAAUGGCUGUCACCUGAAGAUGCUGAGAGGAUAACUAAAUCCUGCAACCCAACACUGGCUCCUCCUCAAAGCAUCAAUCAGAGUCAACAACAGUCUGAUCCAUUUCUUUCGUCUAGGGAAUCUGAAAUGAUUUCGGAGAUGGAAGACGAGGACUUGAAGGCUGCGAUAGCUGCCAGCCUGAUAGAUUCUUUCCCGACCCCGGCCCCGGCCCCGGCCACUGCCACUGCCGAAACCGGCACCCCACAAAAUGAGGAUCAGAACAGUAAAGAAGAGAUUCAAUAAGAGGAAAUACUUUCUUUAUUUUUUUUGUUCAGAUUUUUGUCGAGUUGUUGAGGGGACAAUAUUCCAUGUCGGGUUACAUGGCGAAACUCAAAUCCUUGGCACGAGGUCAUUUAACUGUGCCUAUACACCUUUGGUUAUACUUUGCAAGUGGCAACGAACAUUGUGAAAGCAUUUUAAGAAACCCCCUCAGCUGUGCCAUUGUAUGAUAUUUUUUCUUCUUCUUGAUUUUUGCAUUUAUUAUUUUGCUA